GUGUUGGUUCUGCAAACUAACAACAUGGAUAUGCUUAACACAGUUCUCAAUCUUCUCCUCCCUCCUCUUACCAUCAUCUUUCUUUUCCUCUUUUACCCAUUUUAUCUUUUGAUCAAACUUGUGAUUUCUCUCCAAAAGCAUCUUCGCUUCGAAGAUGUAGCCAGAAAAGUUGUUCUAAUCACUGGAGCUUCUUCCGGCAUCGGAGAGCAUCUCGCAUACGAGUACGCAAAGAAAGGAGCAUAUUUGGCUCUCGUUGCUCGAAGAGAGGAUCGUCUAGAGAUAGUAGCCGAAACAUCACGUCAAUUAGGAUCUGGUAACGUCAUCAUUAUACCUGGUGAUGUUGCUAACGUUGAGGACUCCAAAAAGUUCAUCGUUGAGACGGUUCAACAUUUCGGAAAACUAGACCACCUGGUCAACAAUGCUGGUGUCUUUCAAACUGUUAUUUUCGAAGAUUUCACUCAAAUCCAAGACGCUAAUCCUAUAAUGGAUGUCAACUUUUGGGGUACAGCAUACAUCACUUAUUUUGCAAUUCCUCAUCUUCGAAGGAGCAAAGGAAAAAUCGUCGUGAUUGCUUCUGGUGCAGCAAAUAUUCCUUUGCCAUUGGCAAGCGUUUAUUCAGCAAGCAAAGCAGCUUUAGUAAGAUUCUUUGAGACAUUAAGAAUUGAGCUAAAUCCGGAUAUCAAAAUAACAAUUGUUUUACCCGGAGUUAUAUCUACAGAUAUGACCACUCCUCACUUAAUAGAAAAGUAUGGUUCAGAUUUUAUUCUGUCGGAAUCGGUGAGUAAAUGCGUCAAGGCAAUCUUCAAAGGUAUUGCUAGAGGAGAGACAUACAUUGAAGAGCCAUCUUGGAUGAAAUGGGUGUUUUUGUUGAAAAAUGUGUGUCCUGAAGUCGUUGACCACUUGCUCAACUAUUUAUUUUUUCGUUAUCUCAAACCUUAUUUCAAGCGUGAAUGA